UUAAUACAUUGGCGAUAUUUCUGAGAGGGACAAAGGAAAAUAUAUACAAACCCCCCGAGUCCGAGGACUUUCUAAGGGGAUCAAAUUUUCCUUACCUUCGCAUAAACCCCAAAGGGGAAGUGGAAAAGAGCGUCUGACUCGAGGGGAAAGGAAUUCGAGUCCACCGUCUCUCCUCUAUCUCUCCUCUCGAUUGGUGGUGGACUCUUAGCGCUACAGAGAUGGUGUACAUCGACUCGUGGGACGAGUUCGUGGAGAGAUCCGUCCAACUGUUCCGCGCGGACCCUCAAUCGUCUCGAUAUGUGAUGAAGUAUCGGCAUUGCGACGGAAAGUUGGUGCUGAAGGUCACGGAUAACCGUCAGUGUCUCAAAUUUAAGACAGACCAAGCACAAGAUGCUAAAAAGAUGGAGAAGCUGAACAAUAUCUUUUUUACCCUAAUGGCUCGUGGUCCUGAUGUGGAUACAACUGAAGUAUCGGGGAAAGAACAGGCAGAAACCCAGACGUCUAAGAAAGGGCGAGGUAGGAGGCAAUGAUUCCUGGCUUUGGGCCUUAUUUUUUUGUAAUGAUUGUCGGCCUCUCUUAUAUCAUUGCAUUGCUGAUCUUCAGUUGCGAUCAUAGUUGUCAAAAACAACUGAACAACCAAUGCAAGUGUUUAGAUCUACAUGGUUUGAACCUAAUUCCUGUUCUUUUUAAUGCUCAAAUUCCUUAGUAUCAGAGUAUUGAGAGCAAUGUUUUAUCAAUUUUGAAUAUUGUAAUAUUACUGUUGCAUAACAGAUGCCUGACUUAAACUAUUAAGUUGUGAAAGCUUAAGGGAUGAA